AAGCUGCUCGUUGGCCCGGGGUGCAGAGAGCGGCGCCUGCGCUCGGCCCCAGCAGCGGCGUGGGAGAGGAGCCCAUCUCGGGGUGCAGGAUCCGGCCGUGCCCCAGCCCUCUGCCAGCCUCCCCCUAAAAUGCCGAGGACUUCGCAGCCCCUCUCGCUCCUGGUCCUGCUCGUCCUCGCUGCCACUGCCCGGGGACAGGGUGGCGCCGGCCCCAAGGAGCUGCAGCCCUGGCUCAUCAGCCUCACGGCCGUCGUCGUCUUCCUCUUCAUCGUCUUUGUGCUCCUGCUCAUCAACCGGCUCUGGCAGAUCAGGAUGCGCAGGAAGCAGGGCGGCCUCCAGGAGACCCAGGGGACUGACAGGCUGGAGCACGCCGGCUGCGCCAACCCGGCGGCCGAGAAGGACAGCGAUGGGGAGAGCGACGGCGAGGAGCAGAGCAAGGCCACGUCCCUCUGAAGCGGCGGCCGUCCCCUGCCCGCUCGGUGCCCGGCCUUAGGGACGCCCCGUCGGGCACUUCGCCCUCAGCCCCGUCCGCCGGACGUGGAUCCACGCCGGGUUUUGCGGGGCGGUCGCCGGGCGGGAAGUGCCGCGGCGGUUCCCGGCUGCCGCCAAGACCCGGCGUGGAUUCGCCGCCCGCCGGAGUGGAUCGGAGAGGGCGGCGGCUGGAGACAGGAGCAGGGCCCCCCCCCCCGCCCCUCCCAGCCCUGGGCCGGGGGUGCCCCCGGCUGUACCCCGGUAAAGGUCCCAGCCUGCCCCGGCGUCAAGCGUCUGGUGUCACCGUGCCGGAGACGGGGCUGUCCAGUGGCCCCCGGGGGGCUCUGCACUCCCAGGAUGGGGCCCGUGGCGCUGCCCCGCUGCCCCCGCGGGUGCUGGGUGCGGGGGCACCCCUGGGUGCCACCGGGGCAGGGGACAAUGGCAGGGUCCUGGCAUGCGACAACCUGCCAGGCCUCAGCGACUUCAGCGCGGCGGUGUCCGGCCGUGCAGCUGCCCCCCGACACCCCCCGGGCGUCCUGCCCCACGUCCCGGGGUGCGGGGGGGACCGAUGGGAUCCUGGGGGACUGGGGACAGUCUGGGGGGGCAUCCGGCCUCGGCAGCCCCCGCCGUCUGGAGCAGCUCUUCGGGACGGGGACAAUGGGGACUGCGGGGGUGACGCGCAGCUUCGGCCAAUGAUGUCACACGGGUGAGGCGAUGAUGUCACACGGGUGAGGCGAUGAUGUCACGUGCACGAGGUGGUGAUGUCAUGUGGCCAAGGUCUUGACGCAUCCCCACGUGAGCCCAGGGCUGCACCCACCCGUGUCCCUGUUCCCCGUGUGUCCCCUCCACGCCUGCCCCGCUCCCACCUCCCUGCCACCCCGGGGUGCUGCUGCCCCCGGCUCACCCACCCUCCUCAUCCGGGCCUAGAGCACCCAUGGGUGGGCCCCCCCCCCCGGGGUGAUGGGCACCCAUUGCCCAGCACGGCUCUGCUCCAGUAUACCCCAGUACACCCCAGUGCCCCCCCCCCCCUCAGCAGGGACACCUGGUUCCUCCCCAGGCCAGGCGCCGUGCCUCAGUUUCCCCUGGGGGCAGCGAAGGAAGGGCAGAGGCGGGCUGGAGUUGAAGCAUAGCUUGUUUAAUUUUUAUACAUUUUUUUUUUUGUCUUUUUUUUUUCCUUUUCUUUUUUUUAUCUUUUUUUUGUGUGUCAGUUUUCUGUUUUUUGUUUUUUUCUUCUUUUUUGUCUCUUUUUCUCUUUUUUGCAUAGGGGAGGGGGGGGGAAAAACAACCAAAAAAAAAAAAACCCCAACAAAAAAAAAAAACAAA